UCAGGUUUUCUCGCACAUGCCACAUUUGGUGCCCAUAGCAACCAUACAACGGCAUCAACAAGAUAACUGUUUUCUGUAAAAAUGACAAAUCCAGUCGGCCAUAAACCAUUCAAGCCACCGACUCCUCCUGUCAUUGGUAAAGUGAGUCACCAUAGCAUUGACCUGAGCUGGGAGACGGAGGAGAAUGAACCACGGACGGGCUCACCAGAGAAAUGGACCCGCUUCUCUGUGGAAGAGAUGGACCACAAAUCACACACGUAUGGGACUAUCUAUGUUGGGUAUAGCAGUCACCACACUGUAGAAUGUUUGGAGCCCAGCACAUCCUAUAAGUACAGACUGAGAAUCACAAGACCAACUGGGGAGUCCCUCUACAGCCCGGCUGUGUCUGUCUCUACCACACGUGAGCCUAUGAGUGGGAAGAACCUCCAUCGUGCUGUCAACAUGAAUGAUGAGGAGGACAUGACCAGAGUGUUGGAGUCUGGGACAGUCAGUGCGAACGUCAAUGACAAACACGGUUUCACUCCUCUCAUGGUGGCUGCACAGAAAGGCUUUGCCAGACUGGUUCACAAAUUGGUAGAACACGGUGCAGACGUGAAUAUGAAGAACGGUAGUGGGAAAGACAGUCUGAUGCUGGCAUGUUUCUUUGGCCACCUGGACAUAGUGAAGUACCUGAGGAGAUUUGGGGCCACGUGGCAGUCCCAGGACAUGGGGGGCUGUACCCCCCUCCACUGGGCAGCUGACGGAGGACACCUGGCUGUCAUAGCCUACAUGAUCCAGGAUGGCUGUGAGUUGGACGUUAGGGACUCCGUGUCCCACUGGACUCCUCUGAUGAGGGUGUCAGCGGUCAGUGGGAACCCAGCGGUGGCCUCUCUCCUCAUCAGAGCCGGGGCUGAUGUUAACACCAGGGACAAGGAUGGGAAGACACCACUUAUGGUGGCAGUGUUGAACAACCAUGAGGAGCUGGUGCAGCUGUUGUUGGACAGUGGGGCCGACCACGAUGUGAAGAACGAGUUUGGGUCAGGGGCAGCUGAAAUGGCAAAGGCCUUUGGAAGAGAGAAUAUCAUCAGUUUAUUAGAAGGACGGAAGAGUAUAGUCAGAGAUGGUAUAGUCCAUUAUUAAAGGGCUUAGGUGGACAGCAUUAUAUAUAUUUUUUCCUAAUUUCUAAUAGCUUUAUUACUGUUGUUUAUUUAUUAACAUGUUGUAUGUAUAUGCUGUAUCUUAAACCUGCAUUUUUAUCUGGAUAUUUGUUUUGUAUAACAUAACAUGUAUACAUGUACUGUAUACUGAUUUUU